AAGACCAUUAAAAUAAGCCGCACCCAAAAUCUAGUCGUUUUCAAAUAAUAGGAAAACGACGACGUUCUUCUUAUGAUUAGCACAAUGAUUCCGUUUCCUCCACCCGUGUCUUCUUAUCCGGCAACCUCUCCUCCUUUCUCAGGACAACGGAUAAAAAUGGAAAUUCCCUAUGGAUCGAAACCAAAGCCAGCCGCGAUCAAGCUAAAGCCGAUCGAAGCCACUCCGGAGACCUUCCAACACUUCGGUCAGGUCGUCGAGGCCUCCGAGGACGGCGACGUUUUCAGCCCUAAAGAUGCUCAACUCGAUCUCACCCGUGGAAUUCCCAGGUUAUACAUUAUGAAAAUUGAGAAAAGACCUCUGAAAUUUGCGACAAUUACACACCAUGCGAGCGUGACCCAGUGUCUAGGUUCGAUUGGGGGCCAUGAAUGGUAUCUUGGGGUGGCUAGGCCAUCGAUAUUAGAAAAAACAAAUAAAACAGAUAGUGAUUCGGGCAAGAACGGUGUGAAGGCUUCGAGUGGCCAUUUCUAUGAGCCUCCACGUGUUGAGGAGGUUCGUGUUUUCAAAAUUUCAGGUUCUAAGUUCAUUAAGCUCAAUCGUGGGACUUGGCAUGCUGGACCAAUUUUCAAGCCCGGGUCUAUGGAUUUCUAUAAUCUGGAGCUUACUGACACCAAUCUGGUUGAUCACACAACGCAUCACUUCACCAAGGAAAAUGGAGUCGUUUUCUUGAUUGAUGACUAGCAAGCUUAUUAUAACCUAACAUUUUAUGUCUCUGUAUCAACCCGUCAUAACGUAAAUUGUCAAAUCCUCCUUUCUUUUCUCUAUAAGAGUGUAUUCCUUUACAAAGAAAUGUGACCUAUAUACGUUAUUAAGAUGAAUGCUCUGAUGCUCAGUGAAUAAACACUUGCUUUUGGAUUGGUUACAUAAAAAAUUGACGGAUUAUUUGGACCCAUGUAA